UCCACAUAAAAAUGGCGGCGCCCUUAUGUUCGUGCAGAAUUUACAAAACAUUAAAAUGCUGCAAGAAAGCUGCUAUUUUAAAAUCUUUUAGGAGGCGUGUACAUAACGGCAACAAUCCUUGGAAGGAUUCAUUUUCAGAAGCUGAAUGUGACUUUGAACUUGGAGAUAGAGUCUUCAGAAUAAGUACUGGCAAGUUGGCCAGGUUUGCUGAUGGUGCAGCUGUAGCCCAGCUUGGAGAUACUAGUGUUUUGGUGACAGCUGUCAGUCAAAAACAAGACACAUCAUCAUCUUUUCUCCCUUUAACUGUUGACUACCGUCAGAAAGCUGCCGCUGCUGGAAGGAUCCCAACAAAUUUUUUACGCAGAGAACUUGGUCCCACAGAAAAAGAAAUAUUGACCAGUCGGGUUAUUGACAGGUCACUGCGACCACUUUUCCCUUCUGGUUUCUUUUGUAAUACUCAAGUCAUGUGUAACCUUUUGGCUGUAGACGGAGUCAACGAUCCAGAUAUAGUUAGUAUCAAUGCAGCUUCAGCAGCAUUAGCCGUAUCAGAUAUUCCAUGGGAUGGGCCAGUUGGUGCUGUUCGAGUGGGUUUGCUAGGAAGUGAUGUCAUCAUGAAUCCCACCAGGAGGCAGCUACAGAAAAGUUCAUUAAACAUUAUAGUCACUGGAACUAAAGAGAGGAAAGUUGUAAUGCUAGAAGGUGAAGCAGAUAGAGUUGGUCUCCACAAAGUAGAGCAAGCUUUAUCCUAUGCAUUGAAAACUACCCAAACAAUUGUGGAUCAAAUUAAAUCACUGCAAGCUAUGGUAGGCAAACAAAAAAGGGAAGUAGAGCCACCAAAAUUACUUCCAGCUGAUGUUACAGAAGCCGUUAAAAGCUUGGCUAUGAACCAUGUUCGUGAUGUGCUUUAUAACAAUGACCACCAUAAGAUUUCAAGGGAUCAAGCCUUGAAAACAAUUGGUGAUACAGUGAUGUCUAAUAUAAAAAGUAUUUAUCCAGACGUUGAUGAAAGAGUUAUCUCAUCUUGUUAUCAAACAUUGGUUAAACAGAUGUUUAGAGACCUCAUUCUUGAUGAAGACAGAAGAUGUGACGGCAGAGCCUUGGAUCAACUUCGAGAUAUCAGCUGUUCUGUUGAUGUCUUGAAACCCUUGCAUGGUUCUGCCAUCUUUCAACGUGGACAAACUCAAGUUUUUUGUACUGUGACAUUUGAUAGUUUAGACUCAGCUGUCAAAUCUGAUCCUAUUUCUGUGAUAACUGGGAGUAUGAAAGAAAAGAAUUUUAUGCUGCACUAUGAGUUUCCACCCUAUGCAACCAAUGAAACUGGGCGUGGAGGAAUUGGAAGGAGAGAACUGGGUCAUGGUGCUCUGGCUGAAAAGGGGUUGAAAGCAAUUCUUCCAGAAGAAUCCGAAUUCACAACACGAGUAACCUCUGAAGUCUUAGAAUCCAAUGGUUCCUCCUCUAUGGCCUCUGUGUGUGGUGGAAGUCUGGCGUUGAUGGAUGCCGGUGUAGCUGUGAAGGAACCUGCAGCAGGUGUUGCCAUGGGUCUUGUUACACGUAUUAACCCUCAAAGUGGACAGCUAGAGAAGCACAAGAUUCUUACAGACUUAUUG